ACAUCUCCCCCAUUAACCAUUUUUUUUUCCUUUUCUUCUGCCAUAUCAAUUUCCUUGAUAAAUUUACCAAAAACCUCCAACAUUAUCACACCCACCCACCAACACUAUUGACAAGAGACGAGAGAAAGGGGUAGGUGAUUUUUACAGAAGAUUUUUGAUUUGAUAAAGAAUGACUGAGAAGGGAGCAGGUGAAUCAAAAAAGGAGUAGUUGACAGAUUCAAAAGAAAAAAUAGGAGAUGGUCUUCUCGAAAGGAUACCGAUUUAGUUUUCUUUUAAUUUUUCAAAGCAUUUUUUUUUUUUUAAAUUUUUCAAAGCCUUCCAAAGAUUUUUCAGGGGCAUUUUUUUAAACUCAAAUUUAAAUUUUCAAUGCCUCCCAAAGAUCACUGCCAGUGAUCACAACCUAGUCAGCCUAAACUAUCCCACUAGUUUCGGGGUUUGGAGCUGAAGAAUCGUGAUUUUCUAAUCUAUUUUAUAUCUUUUUUUUCUCUUUCUGCCACAAACCUAUUCCAAAGAGCUACUGAUUAUCAUUUGGAUCAAACAAGUAUUUGCUCUUUGUUUUGGUUGUUCCUGUAGUGAAAAAUGGACAAGGAAACUGGACAGGGACCUUUAUAUUUUGAGCUUAACACCGGAGCAAAGAUGCCGUCUGUUGGUUUGGGAACAUGGAAAGCUCCUUCAGGUGUUAUUGGUGAAGCUGUCAUUGCUGCAGUCAAGAUUGAGCUUGCAUUGAAGGGACUGUUUUCCACAGAACUGGUGAAGUGCAGUGAAUUGUUCAUCACGUCAAAACUAUGCUUUGCUGUGUUUUGGUGGUGGAAUUGCAUUGGCAUUAACGCACAUAUGUAGGGACUGGUUGCUGAUAAGUCUUGCCAUAAAAUGGUAGGUGUGGGAAGGGGAAGAGGAUGAGGGUAAGAACUGCUUUUUCAUAUGAAAAUGGCUAUGAAAUUUGGUUAACUUUAUCAUCUAAACAAUGUACGAUCAUAAAUUGAUUUCUUAAUUUACAUUGCAUCUCGAGUUGAUUCUUCAUUUUCGUUGUUUUUUCUAAAUGAAAAUUUGUGCUUACUUUGAAAGCUUUAAUCUUAUAAUUUAAUCCAUCUUGGAAUAAUAUUUGCAUCUAAAAUUGUUUAGCGUUUCAAAAUAAUUAUCAGUUUGCUUAAAAAGCUGUGAUUCUUGGUUUUUGUUCUUUAAAGUUUGUUUCCUUUUGAUAUAGUGCUAUAUAUUAACCUGUCUACUAAACUCCUUAUUGACAUUUACAAUUAAAAUUUCUUUUUGUGACAAUUUUGUAAGCAUUAUUGUAACCUACUUUCUUACUUUUCAGCCAAAUGAUCUUGAAUUAAAACAAAAAGUAAGAUCUAUCAACAAAUUGAAAGUUAACUUCUAUUAGUUAGUUUGUGCACUUUUUGAUCUAUAAUAACACGUGAAAAGUAUAAUAACUUAAAUUUUAACAUACAAUUUGUCUAUGAAGUCACAUGAAGAUUUGAUCUCUAUGUAUAUGUUUUCUUAUUGUUAUUUGUUCUAAUUUAAUCUCUACAAAUACAAUUUGAUCUCUAUAAGUGAUCAUUGAAACUUUAUUUCAAAUAGUAAUGCUUGCUUAUUAUUAUUUGUUUAUAAAUUUUUGGUUAAUUUGUGUGUUAUAAUGAAGUUUUUGAGUGUGUAAAGUUUGGAAAUGCUUUAGCACUAUGAUUUAUGCUUAUUAUUUUUAGUUGCACUUAAUUUGUGUUUUGGAGGUGUAGGUUUAUCCAAUGGUUGUUGUUGCAUGGACUUGAUUUAACUUAAGUUGUUGCAUUUGCUCCUAAACCUCUGCUUUGUUCAAGCUGAAUUAUUAUUAGUUCUUUUAAUUCUUUUUGAUGUUUUCUUACAGUGAAAUAGAUGAUAAAGUAGUUUUGAACACACUAUGACACUAUUGAUAAGGCAUGCCAUCAUUCCUGAAGUUUUUGAAAUUCUUUUUAGGAUCCAUAAAAUUUCAUGGAAAAUCUGCUCUCAUUUAUUUCACUAUAAAUUUGCUCUUAAUUUUGUCUUCUAAGCUUGCUUUUUGACAUGAUUCAGUUUUUAGAUUUUUCUUAUAAAUUAUCUUUACCAUGAUUGGAGUUAGAGUUUUGGGGGUUUUGUAUACAUGAAUUUGGGCCAAAUGUUUCUGUUGCAAUAUUAGAAAUUCUUUAGGAUUUUGUACGCUAUUUUAAUUUAUUUAUUUUUAUCAUUUUAUCUUUUGUUUUAGAUAAUUUUCAUAUUGAUUUACAAAUGAAAAUGACCAAAUAAAAAUAUUUGUACUAUCUUAGUGGGCAAGAAGAUAAUUGACUUUCGCAACACUACGAAUGAUAGAAAUUAUGGUGAACCAUUCAAUAACCUUUCUUUUGCCCUGCUUUGUAUCAAGAAUAUACUGUAACAGAUUUAAGAAUCCUAAGGAAUUUCUAAUAAACCAACUGAAUGUCCAAAUUGAUAUAUUUGUGCACUAUUGUGAUUACAGCUGUAAUCAAGGAAGGCAUGCUCCACUGUGACUAUAUAAUUCUAUAUGCUAUUCCAUAGAAAUUUCUAAUAACGUGUUUGAAUUUAGAAAUUGAUAUAUUUGUACACUAUUCUAUAAAAUACAUAGCUUAUUUUAUCUAUCUAAAAUUUGAUACCUCCUUGAAGAAUGUUGCCAAAAAGCUUAUUUUAUUUUUUCUGUUGUUAUUUUACAAGUGUAAAUAUAGGCUUCAACUAUAAAGUAAAAUUUUAGGUACUUUUAAAUUAUAUAAUGUUUCAUUCUACUGUUGCUAAUGAACUAAUGAUGGUUUGUUGGGAAUUUUUGUUCAACUUAUCAAUUGAGUUUCUAUUUAUAAGGUUUUUUUGUUAUUAGAAUCAGUAGGCCUGAAUGGAAUUUGUCUAAAAAGGUCAAGUUUGAAACUGAUAAUUCAAACAAAUCCAAGUUCCAUUGUCCUUUUUGUCAGUAAACUAUCAAAUCUUGGAAUUUCUGGGUCAACAGGUUACAGCCUUCAAAGUUUAACAUUAUUGAAGGAACUCUAAGGAGUGUAUCAUCUUUAAUAGUUGGUUGAUUUUCUCUAUUUUUAUUUGAUUAUCUUUAUAAUGAUAUUUAACAAAAUCUGUAGGGACAUAAGCCAUAACAAUCUUGCAGGCUAUAUACUGUAUAAUAUUCUUCAGAACUUGCAGUGAUUGUAUGUUUCCUUUGUGCAUUUGUUUCCUCUCCUAUAUCUAAUGUUUCCUUUUUGAUUUGUUUUCAGUGAUUUGUAUAUAUAUAUAUAUGUCAUAAUAUAUAGAUUUGUGGAUUUACUGUUAGACAUAGAUGAAAGGAGUUGCCACUAAUUUUUUUUGUUUGUGUGAUUGGUCAUUUGCAACAUAUUUUGAUAUGUGAAAAUAGUCGAUUAGCAUGGAGAAUGUUGUAGCACCCUUAUUACGUUCAUUCAAGGGAUGGUAUCAGUUUGAUUUUAAAUUAUCCAAGCGUUGAUCAUUUUAUGAUUUA